UGUACAUUGAAUGCAACAGAAAAAGAUGGCUGCGCCCUGUGGAAGAAUGACAAGUCGGCCUCUCCUACAGUUUCUGUCUCGUUUCAGCAGAUCUCCCGUCGGAAACACGGGCUUCCGUCAGUUUUCCAGCGCUACUGUUUGCCGUGCGGCUUUUCAGAUCAAUGAAGCGGCGGAAAGAGCAAAUUCACCAUGGACUCUGGUGGCAGCGGUGUAUCUGCAAAGGCUGCCGGUCAUCUCAGCGGACUGCAGUCCUAUCGAGCAACAGUUCAAACAGAUGCUUCACCAGAUCGAGCUGGAAAAGAGCGUUCUGUCGGACCACGAGCUGCGCCUGCUGGAAGAUGCAGAGAGGAUGAGUCGUAAGCAGGCGGACGACUACGAUUCAGAUGAAGAGGACAGCCAUGGGGACCAGGAGAUAAUGAUGGCUCAGGACUUGGAAGACAUCUGGGAGCAGAAAAUGAAGAGCUUUCAGCCAGCGCCAAGGGUCAGAGCUGAUGUAGAUAAGGACUUGACCUCAGCGGAGCGCUGCUUGGCCGACUCCCUGGUUCUUCUGGCCGAGCAGGAAGUGGGUGAUGAGAAGCUCUGGCUGCUGCCUCAGACUCGGUGGCAGGAGGGGGAAACGCUGCGACAGACGGCUGAGAGAGCUCUCACCUCCCUGCCAGCAGCUGGUUUCAAGGCGACUUUCCUUGGCAACGCCCCCUGCGGAGUGUACAAGUACAAACUGCCCAAAGCCAUUCGGACGGAGAACUCAAUCGGGACAAAAGUAUUCUUCUUCAAAGCUAUCCUGGCAGAUGGUGCCCCUCCCAAAACCAAAAAAGCUCCUUUUCUCUGGGUGAAGAAGAGUGAACUGCAGAAAUACCUCAAACCAGCGUACAUGAUGAAGGUCGAGCGCUUCAUCCUAGACUUGUGACACUUAAAGUUAUACAGGGACACUGACUUACAUUUAUGAGCCCCAGAAAGUUACCUUUAUUGCUUAUCUGUCAUCUUGUAUCUCAUAAUGUCUUGUGACAUGUCUGUAUAUUUCAUUCUACAAAUAAAGUGUUUUUUCACACGUGAAACAAAGUAAUAUCUACCUGAUUGUAAUGCUGUCCAGAGACUAUGUGAUAUUUUUGGCUGUUAGGAGUAUCUGCCUGGGACAAGUUUCAAGAAGUUUAUGGUAGAUAUUACUUAAGUUAAUUUUCACUAGUUAUACUACCUGAUCAGGAAUGUCAUGGGGAUGGAGGUGCUAGGUGGCAAUUUGCUGGAAAA